UCAAAGUGGAUUCAGGCAUUUGUAUCAUUUGCAAAUCAAAAUUAAAAUUUUUUGAUGAUCAUAAUUUGACUUGUUGAUAAUGUUUAAUCUGAUUUCUAAUAGUCCUUUAUCGGAUGUUCUUGCACCACCAGUUACUUCUUUUGAAGAAUUUCUUUAUCAUUGGAAUUCAUUCACCACAUUCUAUCGACAAGAUGAUAACGAAACUCAAGCAGAAAAGUUUCAUAUUGAAUCCACCAAUCUGGCCAACAAAUUAAUCAAAAUGACCGAUAUAAUCAUAACGGAACAAUUAGAUUGGAUGAAAAGAAAAAAGGAUUCAUCUGCUUUAUGUCCAACGUUUGAAUAUAUUUUGCAGAACAAUAUUCUUGAAACUUUAAGCAUUGUUGCUCAAACCGACACACCAAUUGGAAUAUGUCCACAUAUUCUCUUAUUUUUUACACGUUUUUUAAAUGAUUCUAAAAUUACAUUGAUUCCACACAAAUCUGUGCAUGAAUCUUUGAAUAAACUAAUUAUUAUUUGUGGCAAAAUACAGGCAAGUCCAUAUGAAACGACGGAAAUGUAUUUUUUGACAUCGCUCAUCAAAUUGAUCAAAAAUCCAGAUUUUUUGCAGUUUUUUUCAAUAAAUUCUUUUCCGUUGAUAAAUUCCUUACUGUCUUUGUUAUAUAGUGAAGAUUCUGAAAUAUCAAAAUUAGCCGGUGAUUCAAUCAUUCGAUUGAUGCAGAUAUUAGAUAAUAAUGCAGCCAGAGUGAUUGCCGAGGAAACUCCAUUUGCUUGCAAGAUUAUCGAUCAGAUCAUCAUCCAUUAUAAUGCAAUACCACAUUCACUUAAACCUGAAGAAAUUGAGACUGUUAAUUCUUUGUUGCUACAAGAACAUGAUUCUCCCUUGUUUUCGACAUCUAUAAGAAAAUUUUUAUCAUUUCUCAAAUGGUUCAUUUUCUUUGAUCUGGUGAUUCACAAUUUACUUGAAGAUUCAAUAUUGAAACAGAAUCUUUUGAAUGAAUUUGAAAAAAACUUUUUACAAGCUUGUUUGCUUUCCGAUUUGUUGGGUGAUGGCUUUGCCAAUGAAUUUGAUGCUCUCGAUAAUGUAUUCCGAGCAACAGUAUUGAUUUCCAAUUGUCUACGAAAUAUUGAAAAUUCUUCCCUUUUUGAUUUGAUAUGCCAUUUUUUGAUUUUGUCCAAUCAUAAAAACGAUUCUGUGAUUAUUAUGCCAGUAAGACCUUCCAAAAAACAUUUGCGAACAAUAUUGUUGGAACGAUGUAAUAUUUCUAACAUUAUCCGACGCGAUUUUGAACAAGAAGAUGAUCGAAUAAAAUUUCUUAAACUUUCAUCCGCAACAUUACAAUUGUUUGAAGAUAUUCUUUCGAGGCCUUCGUUUGACAUAGUCAACGAUCUUGUCAUAAAACAACUUUCAGCAAAAAGUUUUCAAAACAAUGUUGAAACAAUCGAUAUUGAUUGGUCGAUGCUGGAGAAGCCCAACGUCUGCGCCAAUAUAUCAUCUAAAUUCAAUUCAAUAAUCGUGCUCGAUCAGAUGAAUACGGUUGCAAAUGAAAUUUGUCAUCUAUCAAAUAUAAAAAAUCAAACUUUUCAUUUGGAGUUGGAUCGUCUGAUCAAGAUUUUAUAUUUGUUUACAUCAUUAGUGCCUGAUGAGCUUAAAUUCUAUAUUCAACAAGAAAGAGCUGAAUUCGAAGCUUAUCUAAAAGAAGCUGUAAAAGGAUUUCAUAUCUUUAUAUCCACAUGUUUUACCAAAUGGGAUACAGAUCGAAUUCGGCAAACUUCUGGCGAUGAUGACCAAGGUAAUGAUGACCAAUAUAAUUUUGUCGAAAUCCUUUUUGAUAAUUUGAAUUUAUUGAUAAAACUUCCGUAUGAAAUGAGUAUACAAUUAUUCUCAAUUUUGGCUAAAAUUUCUCUUGUGCCAAAUGAAUACAUAAAUAAUUACUUUCUUAAUCCUACUAUUCGUUUAAAAAAUAGUGAUGAAAGUUUAUUCAACAUUCUGCAUAAGUUGAUCGAAAGUUUACAGAUAUCGGUUAAAGGUAUUGAUCAUCUUCAUGAAAAAUUAUGUAAAACUAAAUUGAAACUUCUUGGCGAAAUGAUUCCAGCUGAGUAUGAAAAUAUCAAUCACAAUAAGGAUAAUGAUGAAAAGGAAAUGAAAAUUUUGCAGAGUCUUAUUGUGUUGGAUGAAUUCUGUAAAGAAUUAUCUUCGAUUAUUUAUGUUAAAAAUUAUACACUUAAAUUGUGCAAUGAAAAAAAAUAA